AUGUACAUCACCCUCUACUACAUAGUCACCCGGCUCCCUGACUCCCUUCGCUUAGUCAGGGACCACUUCCUCUCAGUUUGCCCCACCACACUCAUCGUUGACCUCCUCGAGGAGCACCUCCUAGCAGCUGGGAAGAGCAGAGUUGCUGUAGGAGCCUCUCGUGGUGACCCUCGCACCCCCGUCUUUGAGGGGUGUUCCCCUUCCCGCCUCUUGCCCUCUGUUGCUUCUGCUGCUGCGGCCGACCUUGUUGGUUUCGAGUCGGCCGGCGCUGCAUCUGCCUCUAGCGAGAGACGCCGCACCGGCAAGGGCAAGGGGGGCAAGGGCGCUGGAGGGGCUGGCGGGGGCGGUGGAGGUGGUGGUGGAGGCAGUGGAGGGGGUGGAGGUGGUGGUGGGAGUGGUGGCGGGGGUGGAGGUGUCGGUCGCAGCAGUGGAGGCGGAGGAGGCAGCGGCGGUGGCGGAGGGAGCGGAGGCAGCGGAGGUGGCGGAGGCGGCGGAGGUGGCGGAGGCGGCGAAGGUGGCGGAGGCGGCAGCGGCAGCGGUGGAGCUGGUCGCGGCUCUACACACAGGAGUGGGUCCGGUGGUGGUCCGCGCCAGCAGCAGCAGCGCAGUCGAUAG